AUGAGUGCAAAGGAUUCUGAAGCUUCAUUUGAAGAAUACAAUAUUGCCUCUAUGGCAUCCAAGUUUAUUGCUCUGGAGGUCUCCGACCAUGAAGAUGACUACAACUCAUCUGUGGAUUCUGUGGAUUCAAACAACAGACUAGCAGAUCUUCUGGGAACUGGGGCGGAGAUACCGGAGGAGGGGGAGGGGGAGGAGGAGAUGGAGAUGGAGGCUGUAGAGGAGGCGGGGAUACGGGCUCAGAGUAAUGCUUUGCAAGGUCCCAUAGUGAUCACGCACCAGCUUCCUUCGACUGGAGUGUCAUCAUUGUUAAGUUCUGUAACCUCGCUUCAGUCGGAAAGGAAAGGCAAGUUGGAAGAGCGGAAGAAAUGGUCAUUUAUUUCAACUGGCAGCGCCACUACUAAAAAGCGCUGGUCAACACUUUCGUUUGCAAGUGACUCAAAUAGCAAGGGGAACAGGGGGAUCUCUUCAGCAAGUUCCAACUCAAGCGUGCAAUCUAUUUCCACGGGCAAGCCCGCGAACAGCCUGAAGCGGUCAUCAACCGGCGCAUCACUGAGAUCUCUGUUAAACAAGAUUUCGUUGAGUGACACUUAUGCCAACGUGUGUUCAAAUGUUUCAAAUAGCAGUAGUACGCAAACAACACCUUCUACGCUUGUUGUAAAUGGUACGCCUAAGGACACAAUGUUUUCGAGAAGCAGACAAACUUCGAUUAGUAGCAUGUCGACAUACCGAACACCACUACAACCCCUGUCGUCGAGCGCUCAUAACAGGCUUCAAAGGUCAAACAUUUCGAUAGAUAAUGUUAGCAUUUCUUCGCAAACCACUAAUUCCUCCCUACAGUCCAAAUGGAAGUUUUGGAAGAACCUGAAGCCGGCGGAUGAAGGUAGGCCCCAUCGUUCACACCAAACGCCACCAUCAUCAGUAUCUUCUGGGACUACUUCCCGUUCGAAGUCGUCAUUUUCAGAUCUUCGUAAGGCCUUGUUUGCUUCCGGCCCACUUUCUGCAUCUGCUCAGGAGCUUUGUCGUAGUGCAGGAAGCACUUUAAAGCACAGGCUAUCCCACAGUUCCCUAAAGCCAAUGUCUUCACACAGCUCUCUACAGACUAAAGCAUCUCAUUCCUCUCUAAAAAAGUUAAGGCAUGGGUCCAAUUCAGAAGAAACCCCACAAAUAUCACUUCCAGUUCCAGAUCAGGCUUCUCGUGAUAAAAUUAGGAUUAAGCUGAAGCAUUCGGCAUCUUUAAUGUCAAUUAAUAGUGGUAGCGCUUUUGGGAAUCCCAUAAUCGCAGAAUCUCAGGAAUAUAAUGAGGCUGUAUUAAACCAAAUUCUGAGUCUUUGUGAUGUGAAAUAUAUUAAAGAUUAUUCGACUUUACCUAAGAACUUGAAAAAGAUCUCUACUAAUCAUGUCUACUUGGACCCAGAGGAUGAUACCGUUUAUAAGAUCCUACCUAUAACUUCAAGUGAGGAUUCUAUGACAGGUAAGGAUUUGGCUUUAAAGGAAUUACAAAUACAGCGCUUGAUCUCGGGUACUCCAGGGUUUGUACAUUUGCUUGAUUCAGCCGUUUAUCAGAUUUCCGAUGCUGGUUUACAAUACGUUGUCUUUCAUAUGAAGAACCAUGGCUCGGCCUUAUCUAAUGUCACAAAACUCACUUUCACUGAAAUUCAAGACAUAGUUGCCCAUUGUAUCCGUGCCUUAUACGUUGCAGAAAAUAAAUUCAAUUUUGAGCAUCGUUUUUUAAAUUUGAGUCACAUUCUCUUAGACAAGCAGGGCAAUAUUACACUAUGUGACUAUAAAUUAUCUCGUGCUGGCAAGGGUUCCAAUUAUUGGUUUACAAGGCUGGACCAUCCCUUGUUCUUUCAAAGCCAGAGGGACUACACAUAUGUACUACAAUCGAUGAGAUAUUUGAUGAACUCUAAGAGCUGGCAUGUGUAUCAUCCCAGAACAAACUUAUAUUGGGUACAUUACAUUAUUAAAAAACUUUUGGGUAUGUGUACUGAGGCAUCUCCUAAUAGAGCCAAAUUAGUGAAGUUGCAAGCCAAUUUAGACCCACUAAAAAGAAGAAGAAAAUGGCCACGCAGCGAUUCAUGCUUUGAGAAUUGUGGUGAUAUACUGUGUUACAUUUAG